AUUUAACACGUACUUCACAUCCACCCACACUCACUCAUUUAACCAGCAGCGGAGACGACAAACGCCUGCCUGCAUCUCCACCUCACGUCACAUCAGACACUGCAUCUCCAAACACUUCAGCUACUUUUGGGCACUACCUUUUUUGAGGAAAAUACAUGUGGACUUUGAUGAGAAAGUGACGGAUUUGUUUUUCACUUGCAUAUACUAUUUUUUUAAUUGUCUGCAACACACUGAAAGUGUGAAAUGGAGAGGAUUACCAGUGCGCAACCUCCUCCGUGUAUCGCAAAACACGUCUCGAUGGAUCAUAUGGCUGACAUGCAAGGAAUGGAUUUUGCCAUGUAUGCGUAUAAGCCCCGGCAGGGAAAGAAGCGCGGUGAGGACAGUAAGGAUACGUACAAAUUGCCCCAUCGAUUGAUCGAGAAGAAAAGGAGAGACAGAAUAAACGAGUGCAUCGCGCAGUUAAAGGAUUUGCUGCCUGAACACCUUAAACUCACUACUCUGGGACACUUGGAGAAGGCUGUUGUGCUGGAACUGACGCUCAAGCAUGUGAAAGCUCUUAACAACCUGCUGGAGCAGCAACAACAGAAAAUCAUUUCCUUGCAAAAUGGAAUGCAAAUCGGCGAGCAGGGGAACGGGCAUUUGGAGAACAGCGAGGAGAUGUUUCGUUCCGGGUUCCAUUUGUGUGCCAAGGAGGUCCUCCAGUUGCUGGCCAACCAGGAGAACGUCCGCGACCUGACGCCCACGCACAUCAUCAGCCACCUUCAGAGAGUGGCGUCCGAGCUCAUACAGAGCCCACCCAGUCCCUGUCCAGAGGAGCCCGCUCCCAAAAUCCAAGAGGGCCGGGAAAAACCAACAGGUCCGCAGCUGAAAUCCACAGAGGGCCAUGCUAAAAACUGUGUUCCUGUCAUACAAAGGACUUAUCCUCAUAGCAGCGAACAAAGCGGUAGCGAUACGGAUACGGAUAGCGGCUAUGGGGGAGAGCUGGAGAAACGUGAUUUAAAGCCCCAGCGGCCUGUUUACUAUGGAAAAGACGAUAUGGACGUCAAGUACGGCCUGGCUGAGAGAAUGGGCGGCACUAUCAAAGAGGAAUUAGACGAACCGCAGGCCAAACGCCAGAGGUCCGACUCCUCUGAAGACGAGUCUCUUUCAGGGCACGAGGUGGUGGGCGGUCACAGCCCCUACGUGAGCUUUUCUCCACACCAGCCGCCUCUUUGCAUGCCGUUCUACCUCUUUCCUUCAGGAGCAGCCGCGUACCUGCCAAUGCUGGAGAAGUGUUGGUACCCGGGAGCCAUGCCCAUAUUGUACCCGGGCUUGACCGGUUCCCCGACCGGUUUGUCUCCCGAGAAACUCCCCACGUCUCUAGUUAUGUCCUCAAGGGUGGGUUCUCCGGUCUCCACUCAGACCUCCAUGGACUCUCCUGCACUCUUGCAGGCUCUGAAACAAGUCCCCCCCUUAAACCUUGAAACCAAAGACUGAGGACUCUGUUGGUCCACCAAUACCCCGCUCUCUGAAUGUUUCGGUUAUAAGAGUGGACUUUCCUGCUGAAUAAGCUCCCUGAGAGGGUUAGGUUGAAGCGGUGGAUAGGCAAAGACAAAAAACGCACCCUCAGCCAGCAGCUGUUCAGAUCCUUUCAGAAGUAUGACGGCCUCACAAACACACACACGCGCGCUCUUUUCUCCCUCCACAACCAGCAAACACAGACUCGGAGAUGGAAAGGACAAAGAAAGACUGGUUUACGAGGCCCCGUGUAAGCACUGUGAUACACUGUGAAGAAGGUCAAAAGUUGAGCUCUGUCCUUUGGAAAAGGCCCUGGGACGGGCGAACGGCUUAUCUCUGCACUUAUGUCGAAUGUUAAAGUUAAAUUACAAACAAAUAACCCAGAAUGUGAUGUGCAGACGGUCCCCAAAUGUCCCUUUGCACAAGCACCUUUUCAUUUGUUGAAUGUAAAAGAUUAAGUCAUAUUUUAUUAAAACAUCACCCCUGUAGAUGCUGCUUUGAACAUUUCUCUGUGCCGUGGAAGCUAGAACCGGAAGCUUCUGUUACUGCUUUAACCAAUAAGAAUCAUCCUUCUAGACUACAAUGCUACCAAACCGUUGUAAGCUCACCUUGUUUCCAUACCGCACUUACCUGUCGCACCACAAACGGAAGCUUUCUUAUGUAAGCGAGAACUCCAUUGACCCUCCAGACGUGACACUUGUGUAUAUACAGGGGUUAUAUAAUCACCACUGCAUUGUUGCUUUUGAGUUUGUCACCCAUUUGUGCACGUAGACGAAGUUCUUGUGAGGUAACUGCAUUGUGUAAUUAUUUUGUUUAUACUACUUGUACAUCUGUAUUUUUGAUACGUGACCCGCAACUUACGUUUUCAUCGCAAAGACUGGCGAGUUUUAGACAGCCGAGCGCUGUAGGCCAUGAGAUUGUGUACAUAGCUUUGAAACGAGACUCGGUCUGCAUCAUCGUGUUCAUUUCUGGUCAGUUUAGGACAGAUAUUUGUUUAUACUGUUGCCUUUACCUGUUUAAAGCAGUAAACGUGAUAGCUGCAUCGCAGGCGUCUGCAUUUGUAAUCCCAACAUAGAAGCAAAUGAAAGUGAAUGUAAUGUUUUAAACAAUAUAUUAGUUUUGUAUAGGAAGAGGUACUUGGGAUUUUUAUUUUGGGACCUAACUGAAGGUUGCUUGAUGUAUAUAUUUUGUCUAAAGUAUUGUUGACAUACAUUAAAGAAAAAGUAUUAAUAAAGUUUUUUUCCUGUGGAAAUCA